AUGGAGGUUGUGCUGGAGUUACAGGACAGUGCCCUGCUGCUGCUGCUUCUGUCUCGCCCUGGUCCUCUGGGUGCUCGUACCCUGCGGCCUGAUUCUCCUCACCCCCCCUCUCCAUAUUCCCGCUGGUCUCCUGUGGGGAGACGAAGAGGUCGAGGAAAGACAGGACCGCAGACGAACGCAGGACUCGUCUUUGUCAAUCAGCUGAAGAGUUGGAGACACGAUCAGAGUUACUGCAGACAGAAUCACACUGAUCUGGUCAGUGUGAGGAACCAGAAUGAGAGUCAACAGGUUCAGAAGAUCAUUAGCGAUAAUCACUCAUCUGGAUCACAUGUCUGGAUCGGUCUGUUCAGAGACUCAUGGCAGUGGUCAGAUCAGAGUAACUCUUCAUUCAGAGACUGGGACACAGGUGAACCUAAUAAUGUUGGAGGUAAUGAAGACUGUACAAUAACUGAACUGAAAGCUCAGGGACUGUGGCAUGACAACCCUUGCAAGAAUCAAUUUCCUUUUGUGUGUCAUGAAGAUAAACUGAUUGUGAUCAGAGAGAAUCUGACGUGGUCUGAAGCUCUGAGAUACUGCAGACAGAAUCAUGUGGAUCUGGUCUCGGUUCAUUCAGAAGAGAUUCAGCAUCCUGUGAUGAACGUGGUUAAACAAGCGUCUACUGCGGCGGUGUGGUUGGGUUUACACAACUACUGCAUCAUGAACAUGUGGCUCUGGCUGAGUGGAGAGACUGUGUGCUAUCAGAACUGGGCUCCAGGGAACGGAACGAAACCGGAAAACUGCAGCCUUGAGAACAGAAAAGGAGCAGUUCAGUCUGGAGGAGAUCAGCGCUGGAUUAGCCUUCCUGAAUCUCACAAACUCAACUUCAUCUGCAGCAGAAAUUAAGAGCAAGGAACACGCUAAUGUGUUUACUUACAUCAAUGGUUUUCAUAGGCUA